AUGACGGUCCGCCGCACAGAAGAGCUGCAGGAGUGGAUCUGCAAUGUCACGGCGACGUCGAACGACCAUGGCGAGCAUCUGUCGAUGAUGCUGCGCGACGGCCAGUUGCUGUGCCUCCUGGCCAACGGCGUCGACCCCAAGGCGAACCUCAAGGUGAACAAACUCAACACGGUGUUCCACUCCAAGGCGAACAUCCGCCUCUUUUGCGAGUGGUGCCAGAAACAGGGGCUCAGUGACAGUGACAUUUUCCAGCCCGACGACCUGCUCGACACGGGCACGGACUUUGUUGCGGUGCUCGCGACGCUCUCCAUCCUCUUUGAUAAGUUUGGCACGAUUGGCUACACGGGCGACUUUGAAGAAGACCCCGUGUCGGACGCAGAGUCCAUGACAUCCACUGGCAGCUCGCAGGGCACGUCCCCAGUCAAGAAAGUGAACAGCAACAACAACAAGCUCACCAACUUUAUGAAGGGCGGGUUUCUGUCGAGGAAGAAGAAGCAAUCGAGCAAGAAGGCGGCCGAGCUGUUUCCCGAUCGAACGCCCCCGUCGACACCGCCACCAGUGUCGCCGCAGGUAGGAAGCGGAAUGAUGUCUCCGCCAGGUUCGCCACCGAUGGAGCCGCCAUCCCAGCAGCAAGGGAGGAGCAACAGCGGGGCUACGAAUGCAAAUCGUCUGAACGCGUUCUUGAAUCAAGUGCCUGCAUCGCGUGGGUCGCCACUAACGCACGCUGAGCGCCCGACAGGUCCUCUCAAGAAGGCCAAUCCAGCAAAGAAGCUGCCGACAGCAACGACCAAGACGCCUCCCGUUGCGAUCAAACCCCCGUCUCCGAAACAGCCUCCUAAGUCAGUGCCUGCAAGCCGCGACGCCCGGAACAAACUUGCGGCCUUUAUGCAGUCCAACUCGUCCGUCGUCGAGACAGCGACUUCGUCAGAUUCGUGCAACACCGGGUCUACCCUGUCUCCCGCUCCGGAAACCACGUCCCCACCAAAGUCCGAGCCCGUCAGAGGUCGCGGCGGUUCACAGCACAAGGCUGCAAAAGGAAGCAGCAUUCCGAAGCCCGAUGCUCCUGCUCCGCCGAAAGCUUCUGUCGUCGGUCCAGGAUCUACGAACAAACUGAACAACUUUACGAAGCAGCAGCCGCCUGCUGUUUCGUCGAAGCCCCGUUCUUCGAGCAAACUCGCAGCAUUCUUGGCGACAACGAAGCCUGUGUCUGCAGUCACAACAGUGUCGUCUGCUGCCUCGCCAAAGCCAAAGCUUGCUGCAUUUAAACUACCUCAGAACUCGUUGGAUGGAGACCGAGGUAUCUCGAAGCCCGUGUGUAGGCGACCAAGCUCUCUUGCUGUGACACCGUUCAAGCCACGUCAGACGGUUGAGCGCUCCACGGGUCGUGGCAAUUACGUACGCAAGCGCCAAACGUAUUGGGUUCCGCCAAAGCGUCGCCGCAGCAGCUUUAGCCUGGAGAAGAAACGAAAAGCUUUUAUGCACGAACAGCUGGAAAUCAAGGAAGAGCAGCUUCGUCAACAGGCUGCAGGCGCUUCGAACAAGCAGAACUUGAUCGUGCCUGGCGUACAGUGCUACAUCCCCGACAAAGAAAACGUGUGGCUGCUGUCUGAAAUCGUCGAUUACAACGACCGUCGAAAAGAGGUGACAAUCACGGCCUUCUUGGACUCAGGCGAUACCGAGCAACGUGUCGUGGAUCUAAAGAACCCCGACAUCAUUCGCGCAGUCGCUGGUCCCACAGCGACGGAGGUGGAGUCGCUUCCAGUAGCAAUCCUUCACGACAACCCAGAGGGCGUGGAAGAUAUGCGCCUGCUUCGGUACUUGAACGAGCCGUCGAUAUUGUUCAACUUGAAGCAACGCUUUGCGGCCUCGAAGCCUUAUACGUACACGAACGACAUUGUGAUUGCAGUGAAUCCGUACAAAUGGAUUGAGAAUCUGUACGGCGAUCACUUGCACGAGCAGUACCUGCGGCAGCGGCGUGACGCUCUCCCUCCGCACGUAUACUCCACAUCAACGGCUGCUUUUAAGCACAUGAAGGCGAACAAUAUGAACCAGAGCAUUCUUGUGAGUGGCGAGUCGGGUGCUGGCAAGACGGAAACAACAAAGAUCGUGAUGAACCACUUAGCGAGCGUGGCUGGUGGCCGCAAGGACAAGACGAUUGCCAAGGUGAUCGACGUGAACCCGCUUCUCGAGUCGUUUGGUAACGCCAAGACCACCCGCAAUGACAACAGUUCGCGCUUCGGCAAGUUCACGCAAUUGCAGUUCGAUAGCUGUGGAAAGUUGAUCGGCGCAAAGUGCGAGACGUACUUGUUGGAGAAGUCGCGCGUGGUGUCGAUUGCCGAAGGCGAGCGCAACUAUCAUAUUUUUUAUCAGCUCUUGGCUGGUUUGCCCGUCGAAGAACGGAAGGAGUAUGGUCUGGAUCCUGACUGCAAGUACCAAUACGCCGGCUCGCUGGCAGAGAUGCAGAUUCCCGGUCUUGACGACAGCAAGUGGUUUGCCUGCACACAGAAGUCGCUGUCGACAAUUGGUCUGGAUGCCAGCGCACGAACUGCGUUGUUUAAGAUCCUUGCGGGCGUGCUGCUGCUCGGCGAAGUCGUGUUUGACACGAGCGGUGAGAGUGGGGCGCGUAUAUCCAGUGGUUCAGCGUUGUCACAAGUUGCCAAGAUGUUUGGUCUUCCCACGACGAGGAUCGAGGAAGCACUUUGCAAUCGCACGGUCAUUACUCGCAAUGAUAGCGUGACAGUUCCCCUCGCUCCUGUUGAAGCGGCGGAGAAUCGCGACGCGCUGGCCAAGACGAUCUACUCGAAGAUGUUUGACUGGAUGGUGGUAAAAAUCAACGCUGCAAUCAGCACGGAGGAAAGUAGCAUCAAGGGCCAAAUCGGUGUGCUCGAUAUCUUUGGUUUCGAGGACUUUGUCCACAACGGCUUCGAGCAGUUUUGUAUUAACUACGCGAACGAAAAGCUGCAGCAGAAGUUCACGACGGACGUGUUCAAGACGGUCGAAGACGAGUACGUGCGCGAAGGAUUAGCGUGGGACCAUAUCCAGUACCAGGACAACGAGGGUAUCGUGGAAGUGAUUGAGGGCAAAAUGGGCAUCAUUGCACUGAUGAAUGACCAUCUUCGCCAGCCGCGUGACACUGAAGAGGCGCUGGUCAAUAAGAUCCGCACGAACCACCAGGUGAAGAAAAAUGGCGAUGCGAACGAGAGCGUUGACUUUCCCAAGGUCAAGCGAACUCAGUUCAUUGUCAACCACUACGCUGGCCCAGUGACGUACGAGACGGUGGGCUUUAUGGAGAAGCACCGUGACACGCUGCAGAAGGAUCUGCUUGAUCUGAUCCAGUUGAGCAGCUUGCCGCUUCUUCCAGAGCUCUUUGAGAACAGCGACGAGUUGGGAGAGAGCGGGAGUGGACGGAGCAAGAAAGGCCCCAAGAGUCUUGGCUCUCAGUUCAAGACGUCGUUGGCGCACCUGAUGGAGAACAUCAAGACGACCAACACGCACUAUGUCCGUUGCAUUAAGCCGAACUCAAACAAGAGUCCAACCGAGUUCAACAAGCGCAUGAUUGUCGAGCAGCUGCGAUCAGCGGGUGUGAUUGAAGCCAUUCGUAUAACGCGAUCGGGGUACCCGAGUCGUCUGACCCCAAGCGAGUUGGCGACACGCUAUGCGAUCAUGUUCCCGCCGUCGAUGCACAGCAAGGACGUUCGCCGGACGUGCAAUGUGUUCAUGUCGUCGAUCGGUCGCAAGUCGCCGCUGGAGUACCAAAUGGGCAAGACGCUCGUGUACUUCAAGAACGGCGUGAUGGAAGAGCUGGAGGCCAUGAAGUCGGACUUUAUGUACUACGAAGCACGUACGAUCCAGCGCAUUGCCCUGGGUUUCUUGGCCCGGCGGCGUCUGCGGAAACAGGUCCGUGCAGCGAUUGUGCUGCAGUCGUACGCCCGCAUGUUGCUGGAGUUCAAGGAGUAUCACUUCCAGCGCCGGGCACUCAUUAAGAUUCAGCUUGGCUGGAAAAAGUACAAGGCGAUCCCCGUCGAGUCUGCGUAUGGCAGCUUUGACGACGGCGGGCAGUGGGCCGAUGAGCUCGACGACGACAUGGAUAACUCGGAUGCCGACGAGGGUUUUGGAGACGACCCCGCCUCGAUGCAUGGAGGACGGAACCGGUCGGUUGCCGACCGCAUGGAGUCGUUCAAAGUCGCACACUCGGGUCGCCGUGGCAGUGUCAAGCGUCUGAAUGAAUUGUCGGCCCGUGCCAAGAGCUUUAUGAAGCCACGCAGCGGCAGUGGCAGCACGUCGAGCUCGAGCGGCAUAUCGCUGGAGGACGAGAACUCGAUCCUGAAGAUUGAGAACCGCAACUUGAAAUACGAUUUAGAAUUGAUGCGCGAGCAGUGCAUUGAGCUGCAGGCGAUCAUUCUCGAGAUCAACAAGAGCCGCAAGAGGUGA